GCGUGGGAAUUAAUCAUUUUGUUCCAUUUAUGUUUUACCUUGAAAUGAUUUACUUUAAAAGCAAAACAAUCCUUUGUUAAUAAUUGUCGGUAUAAUAAAAUAUGAAUGAAGAAAAUAAGAGAAAGACAGAAAGUAAUGCAGAGGUUACAGAUCCCAGUCAGAAUAAACUGGUAAAGAAUGGUGUUAUUCAGUGUUUCAUUCAUUCCUAUGAAAAAUAUAAUGCAUUAUCUGUUCUAAUAGCAGUAGUUUCCGUAAUUACUAUUGUUAUUAUAGCUGCAGAUGAGUGCAGACAGUGUUUUAUUAAAUUGAAAAGCGAACCUCAAUCUAAUAAAGAGACACACUUAAAAAAGUUUUGGGUUUAUGGGAAAAAUAUCCAAACUGGUUAUUUAAAGGAAGUAUUUACCAUUUUGGAACGAUUAGGUUAUGAAAACAAUCCAAAUGCAACAGAAUGGGACUUACUAUGGGCUCAUGAAUAUCCCUUCCGAAAAUUACAUUCACAAUUAAAUAAUUUAAAACCACAUCAAAAAGUGAACCAUUUUCCUGGAUGUGGCUAUAUAACAAACAAAGUUGACUUAGCCACAAGUGGCUUAAAAUAUAUUCCUCCGGCUUUUAAAUUGCCAGUGGAUAAGGAAAAAUUUUUAGAAUAUUCAAGUAAAUAUUCAAAUAUUUCAUUCGUACAAAAGAAUAAUGAUCAUAGGAAUAUCCAAAUUAGAAAAAUCAGUGACAUUGAUUUGGAUAAAGAAGGAACAUUCUUACAGGAAUAUGUUGAUAAACCAUUGUUAGUUAGUGGACAUAGGUUUGAUAUAGGAAUUUAUACAGUUAUAACUUCAGUAGAUCCCUUGAGGGUAUAUAUUUAUAACGGAGAUGCUAUUUUAAGAUUUUGCUCUGUGAAGUAUUAUCCUUUUGACUCUGAAAAUUUGAACAAAUAUGUAAUUGGUGAUGAUUAUUUACCUAUAUGGGAAGUACCUGCCCUGGAUUACUAUUAUAAUGUACUUGGUUUUAGUAUGAAAGAAAGUCUCAAUGCAUUUUUGAGAGCUCAAGGGAGAAAUCCAGAUGUUAUUUGGGAGCAAAUUGAAGAUGCAAUUGGUUCAGUGAUUUUGGCUAGAGAAUCUCUGAUAGUAGAUACCUUAAGAAGGUUUAAAUCAAAACGCAACUUUUUUGAAAUGAUGCGAAUGGAUUUUAUAAUUGAUGAGAACUUAAAUAUUUAUUUGCUUGAGGCUAAUAUGAGUCCCAAUUUGUCGAGUGCUCAUUUUCCUCCUAAUAAGCUGAUAUAUCAUCAAGUUUUGUAUAAUGUUCUAGGACUGGUGGGAGUGGCUGAAUAUAUUUCCAAAAAUUCACUAAAAACUAGGUCAAAAUCUGAAGAAGAAAUGAUAGUUUCAGAUAAAAAUAUAGCAACAUUUUCGAAAAUGUGUAACAGUAAUUUAUGCAGAACAAGUUGUGUUUCUCUUGAGUGUCAGUUAUGUAAACCUUGUUUAUCUUCAGAAACAAGGCAGUAUCUUGUACAAGCUUAUAAGGAACAUUUGCAUAUAGGAGACUGUAAAAGAGUAUUCCCUCCAUCCAUGGACCAAAAAGAAGCGUUUGAAAGUAUCAAUUUAGAUAAAUUUUCACCUGAGAAUCAAUUACAGUAUAGAUGGUUUCAAGGAAAAUGCCAGUUAGACCAAUCCUGGUGUUAAUUGAAACGAUUUUUUUCCUUAAUCUUACUCCUGGAGACGGUCUAGAUCAGCGGCUCCCUUUUUCCUAAAUGUCUGGCGUGUUUCCCUUUUACCGUUUGCCACGAGGGACGCCAAGUGAUGACACAGAUAUGAUUGCUUCUCCAUUGCGAAUUCUUAUUCUAUGCUUUACGUUGAUGUUCCACUUUCUAAUUUGUUUUGUUUGACCUAAGACGUACUUUGGAUACUUGCACUUUAUUUUAAUAAAAUACUGUAUUAUUUUCAA